AUGGCUGUUGGAAAGAACAAGCGUUUAUCCAAGGGUAAGAAGGGUAUCAAGAAGCGUACCGUCGACCCCUUCACCCGUAAGGACGAGUACUCUAUCAAGGCUCCCUCCACCUUCCAGACCCGCGAUGUCGGCAAGACCCUUGUCAACCGCACCAGCGGUCUGAAGAACGCCAACGACUCCCUCAAGGGCCGUGUCGUCGAGGUCUCCCUCGCCGACCUCCAGAACGAUGAGGACCACGCCUUCCGCAAGGUCAAGCUCCGCGUCGACGAGAUCCAGGGCAAGAACUGUCUGACCAACUUCCACGGUCUUGACUUCACCACCGACAAGCUCCGUUCCCUUGUCCGCAAGUGGCAGUCCCUGAUCGAGGCCAACGUCACCGUGAAGACCACCGAUGACUACCUCCUCCGUCUCUUCGCCAUCGCCUUCACCAAGCGUCGCCCCAACCAGAUCAAGAAGACCACCUACGCCCGCUCGUCCCAGAUCCGUGCCAUCCGCAAGAAGAUGACCGAGAUCAUCCAGCGCGAGGCCGCCAGCUGCACCCUCUCUCAGCUCACCCACAAGCUGAUCCCCGAGGUUAUCGGCCGUGAGAUCGAGAAGUCCACCCAGGGCAUCUACCCUCUGCAGAACGUCCACAUCCGCAAGGUCAAGCUCCUCAAGUCCCCCAAGUUCGACCUUGGUGCUCUCCUGUCUCUCCACGGAGAGUCCUCCACUGACGACAAGGGUCAGAAGGUUGAGCGGGAGUUCAAGGACCAGGUCCUCGAGAGCGUUUAA